CUGCCAAACAUCGAUAUGCUCCGCAUCGAUGUUUCUGCAGAGCUCUGAUAGCUAGACAAAAACAAUCAAUGAUAGUUUGAAUUGGAAACGAGUGCGAGCAAGUGCAUGAAUAUAACGACAAAAACUAGAAGAAGAAGAACAACAAACUGCAGUUUAAUGUGGUGGCGACGCAAAGUGAAACGCAGCCCAAAAUAGGCAACAAAAAUAUUAGCAUUAAAGUGUUUUUGUUUUUGGGUGUAGUUGAAGUUGUUGGUGUGGCAAAGAUUCAGAAGGGGAUUUAAGUGCGUAUAAUUGAAACCCGCAUUUGGUAUACGCAACUUGGCGUCUUGUUGUCAACUGGCUGCCGGUGGCGCGGGGCUGGAGGGAAGAAAGUGCGCAAAAGAAGCAGAAGGAGGUGGAGGAGGAGGGAGAGGAGGAGGAGCAAGAAGGAGCGAGGACGAUGGACGACAGCAGCAGCGGACGGACUUCGUUGGCGGAUAGCACCAGUCUGGCAACAUCAUCAUCAUUGCGCAGCGGCAGCUCCAAUCAGAAUCUGGCCAAUGAUGGCUUCAUUCAUGUUUUCAAUCUGUUAAAGGGUGACUUUGAGAAAUUCUCGCCAACGCUGCUCUGCGAGGAGAUCUGCUCGACAAUGUGCCGCCAUAUGGAGAUAUUGCCGACAGCGCAGCUGCUCUUUGGCAUACGGGAGCAUGGUAACAGCAACAACAACAGUGGCAGUGGCAGCAACAGCAGCAGCAGAUCCAAUGGUAUCAAUGGGAGCGGAUUGAAUGCGAAACACAAGUGGCAGCUGCCGGGCGAGCAUUUGAGUUGCCAGCAACGUUAUUGCUUUCGGAUGCGGUUUCGGGUGCCGGAGUUGGACAGGCAGCUGUCGGAGAUAGAUGCCAAUUGUCACAAGUAUCUGUAUCAUCAGAUGCGUUACGAUAUGCUGCACGAACAGAUCCAGGAGAUACGUUAUCCGGAUCACAAGGAUAAGGUGAUGGGGCUGGCCGUCAUGGAUAUGCUCAUCGAUAAGGAGGAGAAACAACUGCAUCCGCAGGCCGUUGAGAAGCUCUACAAGAACUAUUUACCCCGCAGUCUGUGGCGUGCCCAUCGCAUCUUUGUCCGGGCCAAAAUCCGUAGCACUUUUCGCCAAUUGAGCGUCAAUCAGCCGGCGGUUAAUAGUCUAAAGUGGCACUAUGUGCAUCAGAUCUGCCAUUUGGCACCCACCUAUUUAACAGAGCAGUUCAAGGCAACCGUUGAAUAUUUUCCAAAUGAAUCGACUACGGAACCGCCGACCGGAAAUGCAAAUGGCAGUAUCAGCAACUCAACGCGAACAUCCACAACAACGCUAGUCACGGGCUCAAACACAACGCUCUCCACAACGAUCACUGGCAAUGGGAAUGGAAGUGGCAAUGGAUCCGCAUCUGUAUCUGGCAAUGGACAGCGCAACGACAGCGGCAGCGAUACACACACUCUACGUGGCUCACACUCACACACACACUCGCAGUCGCACUCGCAGUCGUCACAUCGCCAUCGAGCAUCAUCACAACAACAACUGCAACUACAGCAGCCCAAUUCGAUUCCCGUCUAUGUGCGUCUCUGGUUCCAUGACUCAGCCGAGCCGGGACUUAAAGUGGCACGCGUCACAUCUGAGGCAACACUCAAAUGGAGUCUUGUUGCCGUCGUUGAAGACAUUUUCUCGCUGUACAAGGAAAGCGAGCAAGUUGUGCGCAUGGAAAUCGUCGGCUUUCCCAAGGGAUAUCAUAUGCGCUUUGAAACCGAGCAUGAAAUGAAAUCAUUCAUAUCUUAUUUGGGCAUUUACAUAAGAUUGACGGUGAAGUGGAUGCAGGACUUGUGUCCCUCAUAUAAGACACCAUCCUUGGAAGAAUUGGACCGUCUAUACUGUCAUGGACCCAUUGGCGGUGGUUACUCCUUUAUGAAGUUGCACGAGAACGGCGAUAAAUGUGGCAGCUACAUAGUGCGGCAAUGCGAUCGAGAGUACAACGCAUACUACAUUGACAUCAAUACACGAAUAGUGGCCAGGAACAUCGAUCAUGAGCGUUGUCAAACGGAAACAUUUAAAAUCAUACGCAAGGAUAAACAAUGGAAACUGGCCUACAAUGGAGAUGAGCACAUAUUUGAGCAGCUGCCGGAGUUGGCGCAAUUUAUACGCACAGAUAGCAACGAUCGCAUUCGUAUACCGGCAUCAAAAUAUGAUAAGCCACCGUUGUUGUUGCUCUGUUUGCCCAAAAAUUUAAAAACCAAAAAGACUGAAAUGGAAUUAAGUGAGGCUGAGCUACAGCGAAAAAAUCCACAGUUAUUCAAUCCAAAAACCGACCUGCAAUGGUAUCGAGACUCGAUUAAUCACAGCGAUGAUGACAAAGUGUUUACAAUGCGCGGCGAUUGGAUACAGCAGGGAUCCUUUAAGGAUGUGCCUGUCACCAUGAAGAUGCUUAAAUAUGAUGCCAAUUUUCAGGAGUUUAUGCAACUGGCGCAUACUUGGAGUCUGAUACAAUCGCCGCAGUUUAUUAAAUUAUAUGGCUUGACUUUAUCGGUGCCAUAUACAAUGGUUAUGGAGUACUCGAAAUAUGGACCACUCAACAAAUUCCUGCAAGUGCAUCGAGACAUAAGCAUGUAUUGUCUGUUGGAUGUGAUGCAUGGCUUGGUGCGUGGCAUGCAUUAUCUGGAGGAUAAUAAGAUAAUACAUAACUAUAUACGCUGUGCGAAUCUGUAUGUUACCAAAUAUGAUCCAGAAAAGUAUGUGCUUGAUGCCAAAAUCAGUGAUCCCGGCUACCCGCGUCCCUACAAACAAUCCGACUCACCUUGGAUACCGAUCAAGUAUUUUAAUAACUUGGAGGCAGCCAAACAGGAUUCGAGCACACAGCUCUGGGCAUUUGCAACAACCAUUUAUGAGAUAUUCUCGCGGGGACAAUUUGCACUAGAUCGCCUCAAACAGCUUGAUCUGAUACAAAAUCGUGCCCGCGAUGGUGGCAUAUUGAAACAGUUGCAUAAACGUUUGUGUCCCGGGGAGAUGUAUGAAACCAUUAUGGAUGGUUGGAGCGAUGAUCCUGACAAGCGUUUCAGUCAUCAUGUUAUAUUUACACGCUUGAAUGCAAUUAAAACAAGCUUACAACGAAACUAUGACGUGCCUGAAACCGAAGCGGAAUCACUGGAUGGCGAUGAUGGCGACUUCAAUGGUGAAUUUACGGCCAUGAGUAAUGGUCAUGGCUUGCCAAAUGGACGCCACGAGUCCGAGUGCCAAAUGGAUGAUUCAAUCUCAAACAAUCUAUUUAGUGGUCCCGGUGAAUUCUUUGCCAAUUCUCAUGAUCUGCCGCUGGUAAUGCAGCUAUCCGACUGCAAAGUGAUUUAUCGUGAAAAGGAUAAGAUCGGUCAGGGGCAUUAUGGCACAGUAUUUCGCGGCGAAGUCGAAUACCAUGAUAGAAGUCGACCCACCGAACAGGUUGCCAUCAAGAAACUGAAAACUGUGCAGGUGACCAAUGAUUUUAUACGCGAAAUGGACAUAAUGCGUAAAUUGGACCAUCCAAAUGUGGUCAAAUUCAAAUACUGGGCUGAGAAAUCGCUGAGUAUCAUUAUGGAAUAUUUUGAAUUUGGCUCAUUCAUUGUGUAUCUAAGUUCCCGCAAGCCAAGUCUAACAAAUGCACGUUUACUGGAUUUUGCCCUGGACAUAGCACGAGGCAUGAACUAUUUGUCCAGCAAGGGUCUGAUCCAUCGGGAUUUGGCUGCACGAAACAUUCUAGUCGAUCGUUCAUGUGUAAAAAUCUCAGAUUUUGGAUUGGCGCAAUUUGCCAAUGCCGAUGGUUAUUAUAUUGGCAUCAGUAAUCGUGAUAUACCUAUUAAAUGGUACUCACCGGAGGCCAUUGAAACCAACAAAUUCUCAUCGUAUUCGGAUGUCUGGAGUUAUGGCGUAACGUUGUUUGAAAUGUUUUCACGCGGCGAAAUACCAAAUCUGCCGCCACCUAAAAAAGAAACUCUACCUCCAACUCAAACUCUUACUCCGACUGCAAUACCAAUCCAACCCAAAUCCAGUCAGGAACUUACGCAGGAUGAUUUUCUCAAUCGUCUACGCAAUGGCGAUCGUUUAGAGAAACCGGAACUCUGUUCGGACUUUGUUUAUAAUGAGCUGAUGCGACCGUGCUGGCAUGAAACGCCCAAGUCACGUCCAACAUUCUAUCAAAUAAUACAAAUUAUACAGAGCGAAAUUGGUGAUAAUGUUGCAACGCAGCCACAACAACAACAACAGCAGCAACAACACCAACAACUGCAACAACAAGCACCAUCGCAUCACAGAAGCACAGCAUUAGAGUAUGAAUGACAUGAAUCACAAUUGGAUGCAAUCACAACAACAAAUGCGGCGCACAACAACCAACAACUACAACAACCACAACAACGACAACAAUAACAAUAUUGAUAUGUCCGCGAAAAUGAUAAACUAAUCACUUUGGCCUAGCCGUGUUGUGAACACGCAAAAUACUAUUGUUGAAUGUUUUCAUUUUUAUUAUUAUUAUAAUUUUAAGUUUGUUAUACCUUUUAUUCGAACUACACACACAUACGUUUUUAAAACGUCGGACGCACGUGCUUUACAGCAAUCGAGUUUGUUUUGAAAUUAAGCUAAGUAUACUUAUAACUAUAUAUACUAUAUAACAUACACUAUACUAUAUAUAUACACUAUACUAUACUAUUUGUAUAUAGUAUACGUGUAUGUACACUACCUAAUUACUUAUUGUGCUAUUAUAACUACCAUCUCUCUAUCUCUGUCUAAAUCAAGUUGAUUUUAUAAAUCUUCACCUCCAUUUCACAACUUUAUGUUCGAUUUGCUUGGAAAAGCUUUCAAAACACGUUUAAAAAAAAUUCUCAUUUUAGUUUGUUAUAACUUUUAGACAACAUUGUUAAAUAUUGCUUAGCUUGAUGUAAUUUUAAAAUGUUCAACAACAAAAAAUUGAAUUCAAUACAUUAUUUACACACACGCACACGCGUAUAUACACAUGGCCCACACUUACACCUUAACCUAAUCAAGCGAAUAAAUUUAUAAUCAUAAUUUAUGUAAUGAUAAUUUACUCAAAAUAUACUAUGUGCACAUAUAGUUAAUAUAUAUUAUAUAUGUAUGUAAACUUUGUAAAGAAAAUGUAACUACAACUACAAAUUGACCAUUGAUGACAAUUUAAAAGGAAUCAAUUAUACUUUAUAUAUACACACACUUAUGCCAUUUUAAAUCAAUAAAACCAACGAAUUGAUAAACUA